UAAUUUAGGCUUGUGAUGUGGAGAAUGAUCGUCUUCAAGUAAGGCACCACACGAAAUUUAAACGAACGGAUGCUGCUGUUGAGUAGAUUUCAUGCACACUGCUGCUGCACAGUCAUGACCUCAAAAUAAGCACACUAAAUAUAGAAGAAGAAGAGUCAGUUCACUGCCGGUGAUGAAAUGUAAUAUGUACACUGAUGAGUCUGGGAGUGGGGAAUAACAAUUACCGGGACAUGCAGGAAGGAGGCGUGUAGACAUCUCUGUACACAGUGAGAGGAGUAAGCUAAGUGUGACUGAUCGGGACACGAUGCCACAACGUGCGUAAUGGCGGGGCAUUACAGAUCUAUUUGGAACUUUAACGUCAGAAUGGGGAGACAUCGUGUGAAGUUGAAGGUAGUUGUGUUGAUUUGGUUGCUGCUGUUCUUCGGGGCCUGGGUGAUCUACUUGAGCUAUGCUGGCCCGGACGUAUGCAAGGGAGAACUUGCCAAAGACUAUAUCUGCGAUAACUACAGCAAAGGUAUUAUAGCAGGCUCGUUAUGCCCUGAGUUAUGCCAACUGCAGAAGAUCACGCUGGACGGAUGUCUUUCCAAAGAUGCUUCCUACCAGGUAUAUGAGGGCACCUUAAAGAAGCCUCCAAAACGAAAGAGGAACAUGGACGAAGAGUUGUACAUUAAGCAAGACCUAAACCCAAGAGACAUCCGAUUCAGCAAGCCCGCCUCCGGGACCUCCAUGGAAGACUUCCGCAUCAUGCUGUCGGCUUAUCUCAAGACGCAUCUCGGAGAGGGUAAAUACGACAUUAUCCAGUCCAGAAUCCUGGACAUCGCAGACGUCAACAACGACGGCAAAGUGUCGUUGCCGGAGGCGAGGUCGAUGUGGGCCCUGCUUCAAGAGAAAGAGUUUCUCAUGAUGAUGGUGCUGGGUAAUAGUGACUACAUUCCAAAACUCCUAGGAUUCUGUGGAAACAUGUACAUUAUGGAGGGAGUCUAUUCAUAUCGAUUAUUCGGUACGGAAUUCCCAUCCAUUAUCGAUUAUUUAUUACCGGGCAUGGUCAGUAGGUAUUUUAAAAGAAAAAUGGCCCCGCCUUGGUCGGAUAAGGCGCACAUUGUGGUUGGAUUGUUGGAGUUUGUGGAGGAAAUCCUUGACGGGCCGAUGGGUAAUCUUUACAUGUGCAACGUGAAUGAACUUGGGAUUGGGUACACCGGUCACAGCGACGUCAAGGUGUUGAAGGUGGAAGGGAUAUUGACCGAGCAAGCCGUCCAGACCAGUCUGCAGGAGCGAGCAUGCACGGUGAGUGCCGACUGCACUUUAGGGGAGAACUGCCGCUCGUUCUGCGAUUCCUCAACAGGCAGAUGCUCAGGGGAGAUUGUUCAGCCAAACCUCCAGCGGGUGUGUCACAUGUUACGCGACUACCUCUUAGAUAAUUCACCAUACGAGAUCCGAGCUCAGCUUAGGGUGCUGCUCGACAAAUGCGAGGGACUGGAGAAGACCAGUACAAAUAUGCAGAUGGAUCACUCGCUGGUGCUCAACAAUCUGAAAUCAUUACUAUGGAAACAGGUUUCGCACCUUAAGAAAUUUUCUAAAGCAGCGAAGGGAUCAUAGGUGACUUAAUGUUAAUGUUUUCUGUUUAUUGUUUUGUAACCUUCCAUCCCAACCACUCAUGCCCCGUUCCAGGUACAUAUUAGGUGCAUUCGAUUAGCUUCCGUGGGUCGAUUCCGCAGUGUUCACUCGAGUGAGCCCCUGACGAGAGCUUAUCGAAUGAUCACUCACCCUCUCGUGGUGACGUCAUGCACCUGGGGCCAGCCCGUAGGGACCCACUGCACAAGCAGGGCAC